AUGGCCCUAACAACCCAGUUUGAACAGUUCUUGGCCCUCGAUGAUGUCAAGAAAAUCGUUUCCUUCGAUGGCUGGGAUUUCUCUACCGAUGUUGACGCAUAUAUGAUCUUCCGUGAGGGCGUCACCGAGGAGAAUGGCAAAUCUCUGGCUCAGAACGUCGCAGAUUUUGUCUCUGACAAUGACCACUUUUUUAUAUUUGAAGGUUUCCUCAGGGUUAGUGGCGAAGUUGAUAAUGGUGCUGAAAAAAUGGGGGACGAUAGGUUAGAGGUUCCAACUGUCCGGUUCGGAAAAUCACUUUAA